CACCCCCAGUCGAGGCGGGGAGGGGGAUCCCGGGGCACCCCGGGGGUGGGGAGCCCGGCCCUUCUACCGGUGAAAGGCCCCGGGGGCGGGACUUGGCUGGGUUUGCUCAGGAUACCGGAGAUCCUGGUGCGCAGCCCCGGGGCCCGGACGGAGCCGGCUGCGCCACCGAGGAGCACCCGGAGGGGGGAAAGCCGGGGAUCCCACCGCCCCCCCGCCGGGAUCCGACCCGAGCAGCACCCACGACCCCCGGCCCGGGAGGGUCCCCAGGUCCCCGUCCCGUCCCCCCCCCCCCGGGGUGGCCGGUGGCCCCCUCUCACCCUUCAGCCCCGGUGAUGGAGCCGGAGGUGCCGGAGCUCCUGGACGCUCUCCUGGAGCCGCAGGACGGGCUCUUCCCGGGCAGCGUCCUCCCCGAUCCCCCCUUCUCCGGCUCGGCCCCAUCUCCCGGUGGCUCGGAACCGGCCUUCGAGGGCUGGACGCUCCCCGAGGAUGGCGGGAGCAAAACCGAGGAGCUGCUGCGGCUGACGGUGAACCCCAACGACGCCUGCGGCCUGGGCGGCCGCCUCGCCUCCCCAGGUGGCCACAGCUCCCAAGACGCUAGCCCGGAGCCCCCCGGGCCCGACGAGGUGCCCCCCCCGGCCCUAUACGAGGUGGUCUGCGACCUCAGCACCCCCCUGCACGGCAGCGUCGUCUCCAUCCAGCUGGACGACUGGCUGUGCCCCGCGCUGCUCCCCGGUUCCUGCAUCAUCAACGAGCUGCCUGCCGCCUCCCUGCCUGCUCCGCUGCCUGCCACCCUGCAGACGCCCAGCCCCACCACGCUGCGCCUGACGGAGGAGGAGAAGCGGCUGCUGGCGCAGGAGGGGGUGACGCUGCCCGGCACCCUGCCCCUCACCCAGACUGAGGAGCGGAUCCUGAAGAAGGUGAGGAGGAAGAUCCGGAACAAGCAGUCGGCCCAGGACAGCCGGCGGAGGAAGAAGGAGUACCUGGACGGGCUGGAGAGCAGGGCGGCCGCGUGCUCAGCCCAGAACCAGGAGCUGCGUAAGAAAGUCCAGGAGCUGGAAAAUCGCAACGGGUCGCUGCUGCGGCAGCUGCAGGCGCUGAUCAAGCAGACGUCCAACAAGGCCGCCCAGACCAGCACCUGCGUCCUGAUCCUGCUCUUCUCCCUGGGACUCAUCCUGUUCCCCAACUACAGCCCCUUCCGCUGGGGGCUGGGGCGCAGCCGGAACAGCGACAGGCCCACCGGAGUGAUUUCCAGGAACAUCCUGACCCAGGGGGAGCCGCUGGGACCGGCCGGAGAAGCCCCAUUCCCUGCGCCGGGGUGGCUGCGGGUGGAAGAGCCGGGCCCUGCAGCUCCAGAGGACACCGGAGCUGAAGGGGGGCACGGGGAGGGGAGGCCCCCCCAUAGCAGGGAGCCGGGCACCAACUCCUCAGGCUGGACCCCCCCUGGGGCUCCGGUGGGGGCAGCGAAACAGGGACACGGGGACGAGAUGUGACAGGCAGUGGAGAGCGGCCCCUGUUUUGGGGUGCUGGAAGGUGCCCUGGGGUGGGGGCUGCAGCGGGGGGACACCCAGCUCAGCCCGGACAGGGGGUACUGGGUGCCCCCCGCAACACCCCCAUAUCAGCUCCGUGCUCUGGUGAAUAAACGCGCGUCUGGUUUGCACCCUGA